AUGGACCUAUAUCAACUAUUCCCCCGCCAUGACGGCCACUCAACAUCAGCCGACGCACACUCCGCCCUGACUAUGGACCAUAUGGAUCACGGAAGUGGCAGUUCUUCUUCCCACUCCCAGACCAUGAUGUCUGUCUUCCACACUGACAUGGCUACGUCCUUAUUCUCCACGCGCUGGACGCCCUCAAACAGAGGCACUUAUGCCGCAACAUGCAUCUUCCUGAUCGCACUAGCCGCCAUCUUUCGAGCAUUACUGGCCUUUCGGUCCUGGCAGGAGCAACGUUGGCUGGACCGCGAGCGUAACCGCCGCUAUGUGGUGGUCAAUGGCAAAGCGCCUCUGGCCGAGGCGCUUAGUCGUGAUGAGAAGGCGAAGCACAUGACCAUGGUGCUGAGCGCCAAUGGCGUUGAGGAGAGUGUCAUGGUUGUGGCGAAUAGAUCAACUAUGCAAAAGAAGCCAUGGCGAUGGAGUGUUGACCCCCUAAGGGCAGCGUUGGAUACAGUAAUUGCCGGGGUUGGAUACUUGAUGUGA